CAUACAUAAUAAUAACAAUAUCACAAGAUUGUAAAGAAUGAUAAUUACAUAUCUACUGUGCAACAAUGGACUCCGCGGGUCGCCGAAACGCCACAAAAAACUCAGCUCUGUAGGCAAUGAGAUCCUGUGAGACCCUUGGACAAUCUCAAUUUUGGAGCCCGCGGAGCCAGGAGGCCCUUUUUGUUCUCCACAUUGUGGGAAGUUGACUGCUUCUAGAGGGGCUGAGGAAGAAUCUGAAGCCAUGUGCGACAGGAAGAAACAUACGAAAAUCCGGGGGACAAACAGGUCCGUCUAAACUCUAUUGCAACAAGCUUAAAUAUGAGUUUCAUGUGUAUUUAUAUAAAAUAAUACAAAUAUUCCAGUGGCAUCCGCAUAGCAGAAGUAUCAAACAGCAAACGGUUACAGUUGCUUCAACGUUGAGAUGAUGGGCGGAAUGGAGAUGGAAGAACCAAGUACACACGCGACGAUCCCGCACAAUCCGCGACGGACUCUUCUUCUGCCUCUGCUUCCCCCGUUUUCGUCUUUUAUCUCUUCGUUGCAUUGAAAUACAGGACAAGAGCCGUUCAGGUUGAGCAAGAAACACGUUCCUUUUUCUUUCUUUCUUCUGUCCCUCUACAACGACUUGUCAUUAGGUCUUUGCGACUUCCGUCCCUCCUAGACCGGCCUUGACCUAUACGCGGACUCUGCGAUAGAAAAACUCCACUUCAAGGCGUCGAACAAAAUAGGGGUGCAACGUCUACAGUACCAGACUAGUCUACCACAGAAAUUCUCGGCAUCUAAUAUUUACAAACUUCGAAACUGGAAUAAUUCUUUCUUCUGAGGAAGCUCGCAGUCGCAGUACAACACCAAAGACCGAGACAUGUCAGGCUCAGAACCCUUUCCGCUGCUCAACACGGCAAACGAUCAGCUGCAUCAGCGUCGUUCCGCAGACCAAGCAGGUUCCUACGUCAGCAGCAGCAACACCACAGCCACCCAAGACGCCAUCAACAACGCUCGGAGGCGACGUAAGAGUAGUCUUUUGGGCGGCGAGAUCAGAGGUGACACGGGUGCUCCAGCAUUGGCUUCUAGUCGUGCCAGUCUCGAGGCCUCAGAUAACCACUCCAAUGGUCACGUACGUCACUUUUUCUUGUCUUCCCUGCUCUGCUCUGCUCUGCUCUGUUCGACAAGAACCGCCUGUGCAUGCUGCUGUGCUGUGUACUGACACAUUGAUGGAACAGUCCGACGGCCGCAAGCGCCUCUCCAAACGACGCCGUGCUCGUGGCCUCAUCGGCCGAGCCAAGCAGACCAUGAUCAAGCAUACUUUCGUCCUCCCUGCCGUCCUCCUCGUCUUCUUCCUCGUUGGUUAUGCCAUCAACCCUACCGAGUCCAACCCUAUCCACCACUUCAUCUUCUUGUCGUACAAGCUCCCUCAAGAUGACCCCAACGAGCCUGCGCAGUACGGAAAGGGGCGCUGGGAUAUCGCCUUUGUUGGUUUCUACACAAUUGUCCUCUCAUUCACUCGUGAAUUCAUCAUGCAGGAGCUCCUGUCACCACUGGCCCGUUACUACAACCUCACCCGUGGUAAGAAGGCCCGUUUCAUGGAGCAGGUCUACACUGCUCUCUACUUUGGCGUCCUUGGUCCCGCUGGUCUCUGGGUCAUGAGCCACACUCCUGUGUGGUACUUCAAUACCCAUGGCAUGUACGAGGGCUUCCCUCACCGAACUCAUCUCGCACCAGUCAAGUUCUACUAUCUGUUCGAGGCCGCGUACUGGGCUCAGCAGGCCAUUGUGCUUCUCCUGGGUAUGGAGAAGCCUCGCAAGGACUUCAAGGAGCUUGUCGGUCACCAUGUUGUCACCCUCGGACUCAUUGCCCUGAGCUACCGAUUCCACUUCACCUACAUUGGUCUGGCAGUCUACGUUACCCAUGAUAUCAGCGACUUCUUCCUCGCUACGUCCAAGACGCUCAACUACAUUGAUUCUCCCCUUGUCGGACCUUAUUUCGGAGUCUUCAUGGUUGCUUGGAUCUAUCUGCGUCACUUCCUCAACUUGAAGAUCAUUUGGUCUCUUCUCACCGAAUUCGAGACCGUUGGCCCCUUUGAGCUCAACUGGGAGACUCAGCAAUACAAGUGCCGUAUUGCACAGGUCAUCACCUUCGCACUCCUCUCGUCCCUCCAGGCCUUGAACUUGUUCUGGCUCUUCUGUAUUGCUCGAAUUGCUUGGCGAUUCCUCAGCCAGAAUGAUCUCCAGGAUGAUCGAUCUGAGGAUGAAGACGACGAUGUCGAGGAAGAGGAAGAGAUGCCUGCCUCUGCCCUCAAGGCCAAUGGUAAGACAAACGGCAAGGCAAACGGCUUCGCCAACGGACAUACCAAUGGUCAUGCCAUCAGCAAGAUCCCUGAAGAUGCAAAGAACUAGAUGAAUUCGCACCUCAGGUUGGCAUCUGAAACUAAAUAAUGGGAGGUAACUGCUAGAGGAAAGGACUUGGACCUACUUUGUUUGCCGGAAAGUAUCGGAAAGACGAAGUGAGGGUUGGUGAGACGAAUUAAUGGAUCAACAUCAUCUAAUGACCACAUCGAGCGAGGGAUGCCACGAAACAGGCGCAUAGCUGCAUUUAUUUCUCACUUUUCUUUUGAGGCCAUGGAGGCAGCGGGAUGGGAAAUGGAUGGUAAUGGAGUUCAACUGGGAGUGGUUGGACCUCACUGUCGCUUUUGUAUCAAACAUGCCGGCGUUCCGAGGGAGUCCGAACUAAACGGACUAAUUAUCUGCUGUGUUGUGUUGCGGUGGUAGGUUGCCGAGUUGGACAACAGACAGCCAUACAUUCACAUGCGUGUACAUGCACGUACAUGUUGGGCUUGUUGUGUCAACAUUGGGAGCCAAGAGGGCUUCGUUCAAAUGAGGCAGUCGAUGUGUCUUUUGACGAACUCGUCGAGCCAUCUUGGAAAAGGAGGGUCCCUCACUUAUAUGUGCAACAGUCUCGCUGGCCUCAAGUCACCCUACCGCAUGCACGCACCUCUGCAGUACACCAUCUCCCUCGGGCCAUGUAUUCAUCAAGCACCUAUAUCUUGUUGUACAAUCACGCUUGUCACUAUCUAUCUAUACGAACACACUUAAUAAUACUACCACUUUGACGCUCGCUAUCUCUACUCCCCAACCCGCGUGCUAUUCGCACUCCUAGCCCUCUUCAGCUAUUUUCGUGUUCAUCGGUAUGUGGUGAAUAGGAGAAUAGCUUACGUUUUUCAGCUGAAAGCCUCAAUACGCGUCAACUUGACGCCUCUUCUGAAUAUGAGCCGGAGGCCCGAUUACUAACUCGCCUCUCGUGUUGGAGGACAUACGGAGUACAUAUAGCAGAUCUCACUUCAUUAUGCGACGGACUCUAUGGGUGGGGAUAUAGACUAACCCCAAUUUUGCCUCUUAUGGAUACAUACCUCUACCAGACCCUUAAAAACACCGCAUCACGCUGGAGGCGCACGCGUAAGCCGAUACGAGCGAGCUCCAAUAUCUGCCUCCAUACGGUGAGAAAGGUCAUGCAUGGGAGAUAAGUCAGAAAUAAAACGUGUACCUAUCAUUCACCUGUCUAAGUCGUGGGUAACUUUGCUAUGUCGCAGCCAGUCCACUUGAAUUUCUUAACGUAGUAGCGAGACUCGAGAUGGAGUCUGAGAGA